CACACCAUGAGAGCAUAAACAUGCAACAGAUGCUGUAGCCUUGUUCGUCACAUUUACAGUAUCUUAAGAGAGACGCACACAGAGAAUUGCCCUUGGUUAAAGCUUCGUUGUCAUGGCAAACAAUAGCAUGCAAGAUGGUUCUCCAGGUCGGAACCUCUUCUGUGAGCCAUUUAACCUACAGGUGCUAUUCUGGGUUGUCAGCACAAUGCUGGUCCUCUCAGUAUUUUGGAAUAUUUUUUGCUGUGUAUCAAGAUGUUGCUCAGGAAAAGGGAUAUGUCAAACAAGAAAAAGACAAAGACGGAGCACAAGGCAGAUGGAAGAAAAUCCUAUUUAUGGAAACAUAAGCUACAUGCAGACAAGUAAGUGCUUUAUACAUGUGUCCCUCCUUAUGCCAUUAUCUGUGUCUGCUUACAGUGUGAUGUUUGUUUCCACAGGCAUGACUUUGCUCACCAAAGAUGAUGCUCCACACUCAUGGGAUCAACAGAGAGUCAUUUCUGACUCACAGUCCAAAACUCAGGACUGCUACGCCAACCUGACCCUGAAGGCUCCCAGGGUGCAGUCUGGCCGCAGCUCUCCGCAGAUACAGUACUCAGAUGUAGUUCAGCUGGAGGAGCCGCCGAGGUCGGAGAAGGAAGAUGAAGGCAACACAGACGCCGUCUCCACCAUGUCUGAUCUGUACGCUUCUGUGCAAAAUCAGCGCACCAAAACCGUCGACACUGCAGACGGCGGAGAGGGUUACGCCAACCAUCUGUGAGAGAAGCUCCAACCCUGACGCUGAGAUGCCACAAAUGAUCUUUGUGCAACUUGACCUGCCACCACAGGAUGGUGCUCUUUGUUGUUUGUUAUAUCAGAAAUCCCAACCCCUCUGUGUAGUGAUGUUGUGUGUGUCAUACCUGCAGACUAACUGAAUUGCAUUAGUUUUACUGGAGAAUGCUCAUUGUAUUUUUGGCACUUGCCUUUUUUGAUGUUGCUGAUCCUUCUGAAGCAUUUGAUUGUUAACAUCCUAUAUCUUUAAAAUGGUUGGUUCUAUAGUAAAUCACACUGGGACUAAU